CGCUUCUAAUAAGUUCAGAGGUUGUUCUGCCUAAAGAAAUAAAGCUCUACACUAGAAGAAAGACAAAGCCCGGGGCUGUAAACCCAGAAGUUCAGGGACAGGCCAGACACUGGGGAGUCCUGCUUUGUCAUCUAAACCGCGGGAGGUCAUUUUGUCAAUAACAGGUGUGAUGCUGGUUUGGAGGGAAGUUCUAAACGGAUUGUUUAAUCUUACUCAGACUUUUGUGGCUGAGGAUGAGUCAACAUUAGCUUAAUUAAAACUCCAGGAGAAUAGCUGUGAAUGAGACCAGCGCCUGCCUGGGCUGUGGCCAGCGACUAGAGGUCAGGACUGGCCGCUCCCUCCCACACCGGCUCUGCUCCCGCCCACAUCCUCCCCUGCUCCACCCUCAUUAGUCGCUGCCCGGUGCGCCCGGCGCCCAUUGGCUGCUCAGACGAUGCAUUUCUCCCAUAAGAAGUGGCCCCUCUGGUCCGCGGGUGACCCUCUGAACUCCGGUGCCUCUGAGAUUCACCAUGAUCGAAGACAACAAGGAGAACAAAGGUCAUCCCUCAGAAAGGGGGAGAGUGACUCUCAUUUUUUCCUUAAAGAAUGAAGUUGGAGGGCUCAUAAAAGCACUGAAAAUCUUCCAGGAGAACCACGUGAACCUGUUACAUAUCGAGUCCCGGAAAUCAAAUAGAAGAAACUCAGAGUUUGAGAUUCUUGUUGACUGCGACAUCAACAGAGAACAGCUGAAUGACAUCUUUCCCCUGCUGAAGUCCCACACCACUAUGCUCUCUGUGGACCCUGAUGAGCUCACUGUAAAGGAAGACGUUUUGGAGACUGUUCCUUGGUUUCCAAAGAAGAUUUCUGACCUGGACUUCUGUGCCAACAGAGUGCUGAUGUACGGAUCCGAACUCGAUGCAGACCAUCCUGGCUUCAAAGAUAAUGUCUACCGUAGAAGACGAAAGUAUUUUGCAGAGUUGGCUAUGAACUACAAACAUGGGGAUCCCAUUCCCAAAAUUGAAUUCACGGAAGAAGAGAUUAAGACCUGGGGAACCAUCUUCCGAGAGCUGAACAAACUCUACCCGACCCAUGCCUGCAGGGAGUACCUCAGAAACCUUCCUCUGCUCUCGAAAUACUGUGGCUAUCGGGAAGACAACAUCCCGCAACUGGAAGAUGUCUCCAACUUUUUAAAAGAAUGUACCGGGUUUUCCAUCCGUCCUGUGGCUGGUUACCUCUCACCAAGAGACUUCCUGUCAGGGUUAGCCUUCCGAGUCUUUCACUGCACUCAGUAUGUGAGACACAGUUCGGAUCCCCUCUAUACUCCAGAGCCAGACACCUGCCAUGAACUCUUAGGUCAUGUUCCUCUCUUGGCUGAACCCAGUUUUGCUCAAUUCUCCCAAGAAAUUGGCCUGGCUUCCCUUGGAGCGUCAGAGGACACUGUUCAAAAACUGGCAACGUGCUACUUUUUCACUGUGGAGUUCGGUCUGUGCAAACAAGAUGGACAGCUGAGAGUCUUUGGCGCCGGCUUGCUUUCUUCCAUCAGUGAACUCAAACAUGCGCUUUCUGGACACGCCAAGGUCAAGCCCUUUGAUCCCAAGGUUGCCUGCAAGCAGGAGUGUCUCAUCACAACCUUCCAGGAUGUCUACUUUGUAUCUGAGAGCUUUGAAGACGCAAAGCAGAAGAUGAGAGAAUUUACUAAAACAGUGAAGCGCCCAUUUGGAGUGAAGUACAAUCCAUACACACAGAGCGUUCAGGUUCUGAGAGAUGCCAAGAGCAUAACCAGCGCUGUGAAUGACCUGCGGUAUGACCUUGAUGUCAUCAGUGAUGCCCUUGCUAGGGUCAGCAGGCGGCCCAGUGUGUGAGUGUCUGCAGUCAGAAUCCAGAAAGCCAGUGGGCAUCAGUUCAGAGCCAGGACUGCCUCCUGCUUGCCCAGAAGACCAAAGUCUCUCAUCUCUCUGUAAUAAACCACUCGCUGUCUUUGGAAAUGUACACCUGGAUGCUUUAGCCUCUACUAACUUCUUUCAUUUUGUCUUUUGGCACCCGGUUGGGUAAAUAUAAUUCACACACCAUGUGACUCAUCAAAUGCCUAUUUAAAAUAGUUUAUUUCAUUAAAAUACAGUUAAAUUA